UGACCAGAACCAUGAAACCAACCGUUUUUCCAGCUGCAGUCACUGCCAAGCUUAUCACAGCACUGCAAUAAUAAACCCUAUUAGAUAGCAUUUAUUUCUCUAUCUAACGACCAAACAUCCCUUAGUGUUAAUCUGCCUGCUAUUACAGGACAUUGUGCUGUGUGUAAUGGCGCUGGUGCUCAGAGACCCGCAGGGAGCUUCAGCCAUGUUCACAUCAGCGAUGCUGCUUUUUGUGGCAUCUUCUGUCUCGUCCAUGGAAGUGCUCGUGGCCCAGCAGAUCAAUGCACUGAACGCCACCACAGUAAAGAUCUCUUGCACUUUCAACUCCUGCUACAAACUGGAUAUCAGCAAAUUUUCUAUGAACUGGACCUAUCAGGCGACCAAAAAUGACACUGAGGAGAAGUUUAUGACCUUUCUUAAGAGCAGAAUAACUCCUUUGAGGACGGAGCAUUUUUGGGACAGGGUGAAGUUUGCUGGAAACCUCGAUAAGAAUGACCUUUCCAUCACCAUCUCAGACGUUCAGCUGACAGACAAAGGGAUCUAUAACUGUUACGUACGCAAUCCUCCUGAUCGUGCGGAGGGUCAUGGAAUAAUCCAGCUGUCUGUAGUCACUGAGUUGCCUCCUCCCAGAGACUCCACCAUCGCAGUGGCAGUCGGAGCAUCUAUAGGAGGGAUGCUGGCUCUGGUGAUCCUCUCCAUGGUCAUCGUCAAGUCUGUUCGCAGACAUAAGAAACAGGAGCUCAUCUCUGAUGAACAGAAAAUGGAGGAGGAGGGAAAAACAGAUGGAGAUGGAGGCACAGAAGAAGGAACUAAAAAUGACUUUGCUUGAGCCCCGACGCUGUGAGGCUGCAGUUCUUUCCUUAGUAUGGAUCUUUCCUCAUUUUAAAGCCACCAAACAAUUGAACAUCUCAGUUAGCGCUCGACCUGCCGUCCGUUCUGACUGAACCUUCACAGUGAGAAUCUUCCACAUGAUCUUUAUAGGAACUUUUUAAAUCUUUUAGUUUUGUGUCUUCCAAACACUGCCACUACGUUCAGAUCGUGUUAAAGCUAAAGCAUUCCUAAACUAUUCAUCUUACUGUCUCAGUGGUGAAAGUUUAACUACAGAUUUUUAUAGAUGUUUUAUUCCUAUUUGCUGUCUGAUGCAAAAAAAAAAAGUCCUCUGAGAACCAAAUGCACACAAAUAUAGCAACAUUCCAAAAAAGCCACUUUAUUUGCCCCUGCUUUACUUAUCAAGGGUGUGUUUCCUGAAAAAGAUGAAUUUUCCGUAAAUAACUUAUUUAUCUUAUUCUAUACACUCUAAACUUUAACUAAACCUCACUGGGAAAAGUCUCUGGAUUCCCAUUAAAAGUAAAAGUAAACUCUAAC